AUGGUCCCCAAUGAAGCCCUCCAAUACCAAGGUCUAGUCCAGUUACUUCUGCAUUUUCAAUGGAAAUGGGUAGGGCUCAUCAGUACAGAUGACAAUGGUGGACAUCAUUUUUUGCGGACCAUGCAGCCACUGCUUUUGCAGAACAAAAUCUGUCUAGCCUUCACAGAAAGGGUUCCAAAAAAGGUGAAUGCAUUUAACAACUUACAUGAAAUAUUUUAUAACAAGCAGAACAUUUUGACAACUUUCAUGAUGAGCAAAGCCAAUGCAGUUGUGAUACAUGGAGAAACGUCAUCUAUUUCAUGGUUGCAGUUCACCAUGAAAGCAAAAGGGGUACUUCAAAUAUUUUCUCAGAAUAAUGGGAAGGCAUCUGCAGCAAAAGUAUGGAUUACAACAGCCCAAAUCGAUUUCACAUUACAUACCUUUCAAAGGGUUACUGGCAUUGAUAUGCAAAUGUUCCAGGGUGCUAUCUCCUUUACAAUUCAAUCAAAGGAGCUUCAAGGCUUUCCAGAAUUUCUAGAGCUUGUACAUCCUUCUUGGGCCAAUGAAGAUGGUUUUAUUCAUGAUUUCUGGGAACAGGCAUUCAGUUGUUCUCUUUCAAAGUCAAUUUUAGUUUUCAUAGGUGGAAGAUGUACCAGAGAAGAGAUGCUGGAGAGUCUUCCUGAAUCUUUUUUUGAAGUGAGCAUGACUGGUCACAGCUAUAGUAUCUAUAAUGCUAUCUACACCAUUGCACAUGCCUUACACAUCAUGUACUCAUCUAGAGCCAACCACAGAUCAGUGGAGGACAGAGGCAAAAAUUCUCUUCAAAAUCUGGAACCCUGGCAGCUCUACUCAUUGAUUCAGAGGAUCUCAUUCAACAACAGUGCUGGGGAUGAAAUUACAUUUAAUGAACAUGGAGAGUUAACAGGUGGAUUUGAUAUUACGAACUUGGUCACUUUCCCAAAUAACUCCUAUAACAGAGUCAAAGUGGGACGGCUGGAUCCUCUUCCAGGCAAAGGAUUUGCCAUUAAUGAGACAAGAAUCAAGUGGCAUAAACACUUGACUCAGGUGCCACCUCUUUCUCUAUGUAAUGACAAAUGCCAUCCUGGUUCCAGCAAGAAAAAGAAGGAGGGGAAGAAAUUUUGCUGCUAUGAUUGUGCGCUAUGUCCAGAUGGGAUGUUCUCAAACCAGAAUGAUAUGGAAACUUGUUCCAAUUGUCCAGAAGGUCACUAUCCAAACAAAUUCCAAGAUCAAUGCAUUCCUAAGAUUCCAAAUUUCCUAGCUUUUGAAGACAUUUUGGGCAUCAUUUCAACUUCUUCUGCACUUGUAUUGUCUCUGAUCACAGCUCUGGUGCUUGGCAUUUUCAUCAGGCACCGGGACACUGCCAUAGUCAAAGCUAACAACCGAAGCCUAACCUACAUUCUCCUCAUCUCCCUCCUCUUGUCUUUCCUCUGUUCAUUGCUCUUCAUCGGAAAGCCUAAUAAGGGGACCUGCCUUCUUCGACAAACUGCUUUUGGCAUUGUCUUCUCUGUCUCCCUCUCAACCAUCUUGGCAAAAACCAUUUCUGUGGUUCUGGCAUUCAUGGCUACUAAACCAGGAUCCCAAAUAAGGAAAUGGGUGGGGAAAAGACUGGCAUAUUCCAUUGUACUGUCCUGCUCCAGUAUUCAAACAUGGAUCUGUGCUCUGUGGUUGGCAAUGUCUCCUCCAUUCCCAGAUUUGGACUUGACCUCAAUGACUGAAGAAGUUGUCCUGUUAUGUAAUGAAGGUUCAGUUCUCAUGUUCUAUAGUGUCUUGGGGUUCAUGGGCUCCCUAACUGUUGUGAGCUUCACUGUGGCCUUCCUGGCCAGGAAAUUGCCUGACAGUUUUAAUGAAGCCAAGUUCAUCACCUUCAGCAUGUUGGUCUUUUGCAGUGUGUGGGUGUCCUUUGUUCCAACCUAUCUCAGCACCAGAGGAAAACACAUGGUGGCUGUGGAGAUUUUCUCCAUCUUGGCUUCCAGUGCUGGGUUACUGAGUUGUAUCUUUUUCCCCAAAUGCUACAUUAUUGUACUGAGGCCAGAGUUGAAUAAUAAAGAGCAACUCAUGCAAAGAAAAAUAUAA